UUUCAUAAUCGCGAUCCGUGAGAUUAACAUCCUUCCAGUUUCGAAGAUGUUGCGUUAUAAAAGGGGUGGAGCAAAAACGACAAGAAGAAUGGCGAAGAAGGUGGCACCCACGGCAUUACAGACAGAAGUUAUUAAUGACGAAGAAUGGGCGAAGGUAUUGACGCGGAAAGGUUUAAUAGUAGUGGACGUGUACUCGGAUUGGAGUGGUCCUUGUACAGGCAUGGUGAGCAUCCUGAAAAAAAUAAAAAUGGAAAUUGGAGGCGACGCAUUGAGUUAUGCCACGGCAAACUGUGAUCGCGUCACCGAUUUAAAGAGAUUUCAAGGAAAGAGUGAACCUAUAUGGAUGUUUAUUCAUGAAAGACGAAUGAUCAAUUUAAUGUUUGGAGCGCAUUGUCCACAGUUCAUACAAAUGUUGACGACCGAGCUCGACAGGAUUCAAAACGGCGGCGAGCAUGAGUUUUCGAUAGACGUUUCCGAGAAGAGUCCGGAAGAAGUAACACGAUUGAAAAUCCAGGAAGAGGCAAAAAUAGCCAAGGAAAUAGCGAAAAAAUCUCGAAAAGAAGCUGAAACUAAAGCGAGAUAUGAGGCGGAGAUGCUGCAUCUAACCACAUCAUUAUGCAACGAGACUUGUUUGCUACUGUUUCCCUGGAUAUUCAAAGAUGAAGAAGGACGCAGAAGAGACAAGAGAAUGAGUCCACAAUACGUGGAGUUAAUUGAGGAAAUACUACCGGAAAAUUACACUGUGGAACAAGAGAUACGCAAACGACUGAAUGAGGAUUUGCUGCGACAGAUGCUCGAUGAAUCUACGUAUAGCUUUUCGGAAACUGCCAAACAAUUGCUCUUUGAUGGUAAAUGUAUGUUUAUACGAUUGAAGAUUAUCGAAGGGAGAAAGAAUCUCGAAGUUCAUAAUUAUCUGUGCAGUAUUCUGUUCAAUGAACCAACAUUACCAGAAACAGAUGAGUGUUUAAAUGAAGAAUGUUAUGCCGGAAAGCAUUGCCCGGCUUUUGAAAUUCCUGACAAGGAAAACCGAAAAUUUCCUUUUGUUUGGACUCCUCCAAAUCCUAGAAACAAGGCAAUCGUUUUUCGUACAAUAUUUAAUGUUUACACUAACACAACAUAUCCGUAUGAAGAUAAAAUGACAAAAGUGCCGAUAACCAUCUUCAAAUAUGAUUACACACGUAAAAAUGAUUUAAAAAUGGUGCUCGACAUGUUCAAUGAUGAGGUCAUUAAUUUUGGUAUAUUUGAAUAUGAUAAACCACCUGAGGCUAAGAUAAUCGCCAAAAGUAUAGAGACAUUUGAGAUGAGUACAGAAGAGAAAACGGGUUACGAGGUAUUCGUCUGCACAGUGAAGAAAGUAGGUUGCGAAGCAUUUUUGGGCUUUGCCGGAAUUGGACCUUAUCAUGUGAGUGAAAAUCCAGAGAAAGCUAUCGAAGAGUCCAAAUUAUAUUUCCCGGAUGUUACAGCCGUAGAGGAAACACAAUCGGACGACGAAGAAAAACUCGAGGAAUUGGAAGAGCAUCAAGACGAUACGGCAGCAACGUAACUAU